GCUAAUUCUGUUUAUGAAAAACAAAGGGAUUGAAUUGAAGCGGUGUCUAUUAUGUUUUGAGCCAUAUUUAAGAGCAAGAAGAGCUUGACCACAAAGAGCGGCCUCAUUUCUAACGAGUGCAUCGGUCGUAACAAAGUGAACCGUGCGCUUAGCGUUAUUGUGCUCGCAGGAAAAAACAAAAAACAAAAAAUAAAGCGAAAUGCGGCGAAGUGUGAAAAUUGAGACGAAUGUGCGAUCUUCGCCUCACCGUCGGCCAUUGCGCAGCUUGUUGCUGAGACCCGAAGGUUCGUAACUUUCCAAGGCACCCUACAGCCUCGGCUAGAGUUACAGUAUUUGAAUCUGCAUCUGCCAUUGCAUCUUCCUCGUCGCACUCUUCUUCAGGACGAACACUGGAAACAAUUUCCAGAUCUAAUAGUUCAACACAGCAAAAAACCAGCCGUGUGUAUGACGAAUCAUGGCGAAAGCUCUCAAAAUCGCCCUUACACUGGCCGUGCUGCGUUCACCUCCACCGUGCUCUUCAACAGAAUCUGCCGGGCCUAAGUGGCUGAGCGUCGAGGUGAAGAACAACGAAAAGCUAAAGACAUUGGCCCAGGACGCCCUCAGACACAUGAAGAGCAAUGUCGACCGUCAUUACGUUGUUGUCGAGAUGCUGAGUGCCGAGACGAUGAAAAUAAACGAGGCCAGUGCUUCCAAAUACAAUGUGACAUACAAAGCCUCUCCAACAAGCUGUCUCAGCUCUGCAGUUUUCGAUGAAGCAACUUGCAAACCGCUUGUAGAAAAGGCUGAGAAACAGUGCAGUACAACAUUCUUCGAGAUUCCUGCGGAAGAAUUUUAUCAGAUACAGAAAAUGGAGUGCUUUGAGAUAUACUACGAAAAAUGAAAUUAGCCUAGAGCCAUUCAAAAAUGUCUGGGCGUCAGUGAAGAGUUCUAAACAAUUAAUGCAUGUAAUAUUAGCCAUGAUGUACCUGUACAGUGCGCGUGCGGCCAACCUUUGUUUUAUUGCAGGCCUUUUUCUUGCUGCUAUUUUCGUUAAUAACUCUGCAAAUGUAUGCAAAAUAAUAUGGCGGCCUGAAAUUAUAGCAGAACUUAUCUUAUAUUCAACGGUGUUUUGAAGUAUGUAGCAGAUGAUUUGUAGAGCGUCGCUAAAAAAAAUUUCAUAUGACUGUGCAGCAGGUGCUAUGGACAUCUUCAGCAGACAGCCUAAAACGGUGAUGAGGUGAAAUAAGGUUGCGUAGAAAUGUACAGGAUAAAUUUAGUAGAAAUAAAAGGUGAUUUAUUGAAA